UACUAUCGAUCUAUCGAUAUCUGAAGUCCAGCGUCGAUUCCAGCUCAGCUCUACUUAUAUCUCUGUUCCAUCUCUGUUCCAACAAUUAAAUUGCAACAAAAGAUUGCAAUUAAAAAUGUCAACGGGAAUACAGGAGCGCCUGCAACUAAGCCGCACUCCGCUGGACACCUGGACUAAGCGCGAGCAGCUCUGUCUGGCAUCGGCGGUCUCUUGCAGCGGGGACCAGAACUGGAUCACCGUGAGUCGCACGCUCAAGGCGGUGUGCGGCAACGGUAACGGCAAUGGGAAUGGGAAUGGAGGGAAUGGGAACAACAACAUCAACAACCGGCCGGCGGAUUGGUACUCACAGAAGAACUGUGCCGUCCAGUACGGAAACCUGCUGGAGAGCGUGGAGGCCACCAAGCGCAAGAAGCGCAGCAGCGAAAGCAGCGCCGGCGUCUCGUCGCCAGCUACCGUGGAGACACCAACGGAGCUGCUGCUGCGCCGGCUAACCGAAGAGCGUCUGGCGGAGAUUAAGGCACAGAUGCGCAGCGACCAGGAGACCUAUCGCCGCAUCCAGCGCGAGAUCGACGCGCUGCAGUCGGACGCGGACGUGACCGAGCAGGAGUUGCAGGACAUGUGGCUGGAGAUCGAGAAGGAGCAGGAGACGCGCCGCAUUGAGGAAAUGAAGCUGGAGAAUCGCAUGCGCGAGCGGGAGCAGCGGAAGAAGGAACUGGCAGGGGGAAAUUGGCGAAACAGCAGUAACAGUCCGGCGCCCAGGCGCGUACUCCAGCCUACGGACACCACCGCCGUUGAUAUGGACGUGGAGGACAUGAAUAGCAGCAACAGCAGCAGUGUGAACAAACAACCGGCCGCCGGAGCACCCUCGCCCCUACUCACAUCCCUGUUGAAAUCUCCCACAGGUAAUGCGCCUGCCGCAAUACCCGGAGCAGCAGCAGCCACGGGCAGCGUGGCCAGGGCAACGGCGCCCACCAUUACCUCCCUAUUAACGAGUGCUGGCAACACGGUGGCGGCUGUUGUCUCCAGCCAGCCGGCUAUCACCAUGAAGAGCUCCACGGACGCCGCUUUUAUGUCCCGUCCGAUAAGUGGCCCGCCGGCAGCGAUUGAGGCGCUCGCUCCUACCACACCUACACUGGAGCGCAGUCCAUCGCAGUCGGCUCCGACGCUGUCCAUGCUGCUGGAGAAGAACAAGGCAACGCCGGCGAAGUCAGAGGCACAAGCCGGCAGCCAGGAGCAGCCAGUGGUGGACGACACUGCUUCCCGGACAGCUGCCGGAGCGGAUUCCGAUGAGGCAGAUCCCAACGAGCUGCUGGAAGUGUUUCCCAACAUUGACGAGAUAAUCGAUGACAUCGACAUUGACAUGGCCAGCGUCAUCGAUGAUGAGAUCCUCAAAGAUGUAGAUGACGUGGUUAACUCGCCCUCGAACGAGAAGGGCGAGGUAAUUGACUUUGAGGACAAACUGGAUGCACUGAAGCGGGAGCAGAACAAAGCUUCGCCGGCGGCCAGUGAUAAGCCCAAAUCUGUGGAGGUUGUACUCGGUUCGAGUGAUGACUCCAACGACAACAUUCCCCUGGCUGCUGUGGCCUCGCAGGAGAGCAAGGACCGCGGUCAGUCAGGAGGUGAAUCCACUAGAGGCACCGAGGAAGCGGAGUCCGAGGAGCCACUGGCCAGUGAAGUGACCGUGGAGGAGAUUGGCGAGACCAUCACCCUCAUCAGCACCUCCAGCGAGGAUACUGCGAGCCCACCUGCCUCCAAAGUGGAGGAAGAAGCUGCUGCCGAGUCCGUCACUAAGGGGGAAGAGUCCAAGGAAGAGAUAGCCGAGCAGACAACCAAGUUGGCAAUUCCGAGCAAAGCAGAGGAGGCUGCAGGCGAACAAAAAACCCCAGAAGACCAAGAGGAAAGUGAAGGCAAAGCUAAGAAGGAGGAAACUGAGAAACCCUCGACUGUCGAGGAGGAAAAGGUGGCAACACCCUCAACACCAGCCUCGGCGCCGGCGGCCAGCAGUUCCCUGCACGACACCGACGAGGAGGAGUCCUCGUCGCUUACAGACAGCAGCAAGCCGGAUGAGCAACCCAGAGGUAGUGCCAGGGCUAAGCCACCGAUCUCUAAGAUAGCCCAGGAUGAGACCAAAGCAGAACUGGAAAUUGGCGGCACACCACAGCCACCCUCUGCGCCGGCACGUACUCCGAUGCUGCGCAAGCUACCGCAUCGGGAUCGCUCGGAGAGUCCCAUGGUGGACGAUGAGACGACGACAGCCAGUGAUCAUUCCACAGCCAGAUCAAGCACACGGCGCCGAUGCUCCUCCACGCCGGUUAUAGACAGCAUACCCAACUCGCCAGCCUCCAGCGAGCACACAGAUGACCGCCGGGAAACGCGAGCCGCCACCAAGAAGCUCUUCCUCUCCAUCUACGCCACGCUGCAGGAAAGCAAGCAUGCGGCGCCAUUUCGUCGACCCUUCCACGAGGAGCAUGCCCAGCGACAUGCUGAUCUGUGCCUGCGUCCAAUGGAUCUCACCACGAUUAAGCGAAACAUCGACUCGGGCUUCAUUCGCAGCCUCAGUGAGCUUCACCGCGAUUUUCUGCUCAUGGCCCAUAAUGUAUUGGUGGCCUACAAGCCGCACACCAAUCAGCACAAGACGGCCCGUCAGUUUGUCCAGGACUGCCAGGCCAUCAAGGAGUUUGCCCAGCAGGCAGAGUCACUACCGGUCGUCCCCUUAACAGCCACAACCACGAAUUACCAGAACAACACUAGCCGGACGGAGCGAGAGAGGGCGAGCGGUAACAAGGCGAGGAGCGGCUCCCGAAAGAGUCAAAGGCAUCAUUAGGUGGUGUAAGUCAAUAUCCCCCAACCCGUAAUCAUUAACAAGAUCCUCUUAAGAAGAGUUUAAUCCAUUUAAAAGUAUUUUUUAUUUUUAAAUCGUUCACUAAUUCGAGCUAAAAACACAUCCAAACACAACUCACAAGCUCUAAUUUAACAAUAAACAAAUCAAUCGAAGAA